GUACUCUGAGCAUCAGACUUGAAGUCUAAAAACACUUUCAGUGGUUUAAAAGGCUAGAAACGCGCCAUGUUACAAUUUUAAAGAAGCAUAAUCGUGAGGAAACUAACCUCUAACGGGGAAUUCCACUCUGCACGAUAACAAUUAUUUCCGAUAAAUCUAGCCAAUUGAUACGGAUCCCAGAAAAGAGCCGGAAAUCCCAUGUCUAUGAUCAACCGAACAGAAGCAAAGUUCCCUGUGUUUCAUUGCGGAGCUAAGGUGGUGCCAGGUCUCUGGCGUUGUUUGCACAACUACUAUCGUGACAGCGGAAUAAGUGGGUCGUGCUGAAAACUCUUGAUCACUCGGAGUAGACAUGCAGCUUUACCAUCGCGCUCCAUUAUAAAGAUGUGAUUGAUUGCCCAAGAGGACAGGGACUUAAACACAGAGCUAUCGACACACUGAGCCCCGGUAAUCACUUGACAUGUCAGGAAAUAAGCUCUUCGGUAAGGUGCGGUCCGCCUUCAGGAGGGAUCGCAGCGACUGGAGCCUGAGCGACUCGGCUCCCUUUGACUUCUCCGACGAGCUGGUGGAAGAUGACGAGGCCCCCAAGUUCAACAAGCUGAAGGUGGUCGUCUCCGGAGAGAUGUCCGACUACUCGGCCGGGGCUCCGUCCAACGGGGUGGCGGUGAGCACCGUGGUGGUCCCGCCCGGUGGUGGAGGAGAUGAAGAAGAUGAUGAUGACUCCCUGCUGGACUCCUCGUCCACUCUGGGCAGCCCUGGUUUGAACAUGGACCCAUGUGACAACUGCAACAAGAAGAGAGAGAGGAUCAGACACAGGAGGGUGAUGAAGAGGCUCAUCAUUGCAGCUAUACUGUACUUCCUGUUCAUGACGGGGGAAAUUAUAGGUGGUUACGUGUCGAACAGUUUAGCAAUAAUGACUGAUGCUGUGCACAUGCUAGCAGAUGUGGUUGGUAUCUUGUUUUCUCUGCUGGCCCUGUGGCUCUCCACCAAGCCGCCCACCAAGAGAUUCACCUUUGGACUACAUCGCCUUGAGGUGGUGUCGGCGGUCCUAAGUGUGCUGCUCAUCUACAUCCUGACGGGCAUCCUGCUGUACGAGGCCGUCCUGAGGACUGUGCAUCAGGACUUUGACAUUGACGGGGAUGUCAUGCUCAUCACUGCAGCUGUAGGGGUGGCGGUUAAUCUUAUAAUGGGUUUUCUGUUAAACCAAGGCGGCCACCUUCACUCUCAUGGCCACGGUCAUGGUCACGGUCAUUCCCACGGUCCGGCUGCCCCCUCAGGUUCACACUCGGCCGGGUCGGGUCAGCAGAGGCCCAGCGGCAGCCUCGCCGUUAGAGCGGCCUUCAUCCACGCUUUGGGAGAUCUCCUCCAGAGCGUCGGCGUGCUCAUAGCUGCUUAUAUCGUCCGCUUCAAGCCCGAGCUGAAGCUGGCGGACCCCAUCUGCACCUACAUCUUCUCAGUUCUGGUCCUCUUCACCACAGUCCGCAUCAUCCGAGACACGAUAGUCAUUGUACUGGAAGGUGUUCCCAGACAUUUGGACACUCAGCGAAUCAAAGAGGACCUCCUGCAGCUGGACGACGUCCAGUCUGUCGACGAGCUGAAUGUCUGGGCUCUGACGGCUGACAAGACCGCAGCGGUGGUGCACUUGCAGCUGACUCCCUCUAGUGCCAACAACUGGGAAGACGUCCAGGCCAAGGCACGCCACCUGCUGCUUCACACCUAUGGCCUCACCAGAUGCACGGUGCAGGUCCAGACUCACAGACAGAGGACAGUACGCAGCUGUGCACAGUGUCAGCAGCCCAGCGUCUGAGAGUCUCUGUUUCAUUGACACACGCGAUCCGUUCCAGUGGAGGCAGGGAUGAGCUCACACGGAGGGGCUGGGAUGUCUCUGCGCUGCUCGGUGGCAUUGCAAGAGCUGAAGUAUUGAGAAUUGGACGGGAAAAAAUGGCGGUGCCCAAGUGCAGUCAGUGGAACGACAACGGAUGCACAUUUCUAAUUGGAGGAGAACUGCAGCCUCAGGGGGACCUGAUGCCCUGUGCUUGUAUUGCUCUCAUUGGGUGGAAAAUGAUCUCUUAUGCUGAGAAUAAUCUGAAAACUUGACCUUAAUUCACCAUUAAAGCCUACUGCAACAGGUAUUUUUUAUUUGUAUUAAAUAAUUUUGCUUUGUUUCAAAUGAUGUUUAGUUGUUAAAAGGUGUUUCUUUAUUCUAAUGUGUUGAAGCUGGAGGCUAUGAUUUUAAUAUAUUAGUGGAAAUCAGCAAUUUUGAUUUGAUUUUGGCCUCCCUGCAUGUAAGCUAAACCUUUUCAUGGGUUAUGAGACUUAUGGAUCAGCCCCUCACUUUUUUAGUAUUUCUAUUUUGUAAACAUUACACCUCAUCAAAUGUGUCCACCUGAAGUCUGUUACCAGGCAAAUUUCUGUCUCUGUUAAGAAAAUCAAUGGUGAAUAUUCCAAAUAUUUCAAAAGUAACAUCAUUGUUGCUCCACUUGCACAAUGUAAUAAUUUACUAACUAUACAGAAUUAAGAAACAGAGUGCUAACGAUCAAUAAGACUGAUAUCAUUGACAGACAGCAUGAGGAUAUAAGUGCAGAUCAGUUUUAGUGUUCAGAGCACAAGCAAUGACAUGAACUGAAUUUGCCAUUUAUGGCGUUUUCUGAAGAGUUAAGACAAUGUAAAAGGGGGAAACCUAAAUCUCCACUCCCUGCAAAAAUAGUAUGAAAAACUGGACCACAGUUUUGGUUUAAUAAAGUUUUCAGUUGUG